GGGCCUGGGGGACCAUGUCCCUCAUCCCAUGGCUCCGGGGGAAUGACACCCCACCUCGGCUGCCAGCCCGGAGCCCAGCUGAGAUGGUGCUGGAAACACUUAUGAUGGAGCUGGCUGGGCAGAUGCGAGAGGUGGAGAGGCAGCAGAGGGAGCGUCGCAGCGCAGUCAGGAAGAUCUGCACGGGAGUGGACUACAGCUGGCUGGCCAGCGCACCCAGGCCUUCCUAUGACCUCAGCCCUGCUGAGAGGCUACAGCUGGAGGACGUAUGUGCCAAGAUCCACCCAUCCUACUGUGGGCCUGCCAUCAUCAGGUUCCGACAGCUGCUGGCAGAGCGGGAGCCCGAGGUGCAGGAGGUGGCGAGGCUCUUCCGCUCCGUGCUGCAGGAGGCCCUGGAGAAGACAAAGCAGGAGGAGGAAGCACAUAAACUGACACGUCAAUGGAGCUUGAGACCCCGCAGCAGCCUGCCGUCCUUCAAGACCCGUGCACGCAUCGCGCCCUUUGCCAGUGACAUCCGGACCAUCUCGGAGGAUGUGGAGCGCGAUGCGCCACCCCCACCACGCACCUGGAGCAUGCCAGAAUUCAGGGCGCCCCAGGCUGAAUGAGCUCCCUGGUCGGUCACCUGCAGGAGGGAAUGACAGUGACCGGGUUGCGGGUGCUGGAACCUCCCCACCGACCCUGAACAGGAGACCCACCAUGCAGCAUUGCUGGACCACAGAGCUACCUAUCCCAGUGGUGUCCACACCUCCUUGG